UCACUUUGGUCUUCUAAGGUUUCAAUGCAGUCGUUUGAAGGGCCAAUGAAGGCACAAGCCUACCAAACUUAUUUUUACAAAACAUGUAUGAAAAUGAAACAGUUAUUUGUUAGCUUUUACAUUUAAACACAUUGAAUGAAAUAUCUUCAUGAAUUCAAUAAGAAUAAUUUGCAACAUGAUAAGUAUUACCAUUUCUGAAAUAAAUAUUUUGACAAUGUUUUAGAUAACACUAGAGAAAUGUUUUGUUUCAUGAAAAACCUUGAUGUAAGGUUGCACAACAAGUAGUCUUAUGAAAAUGCAGUUGUCCUAAAGCAAAGGUUCAAAAAGCACUGAAAUUAAGAAAAAUGAGAAAGUUUCCAAGACAAAUGCAGUUGUUUCAAAAAAUACCAAACAGGUUGAUGACAUUUUGCCUGAAAAAGUGGCAAAUGUUGAUGCUGACUCAGAAACCGACAUCAGUUUAUUUGGGUUUGGCAGAAAUUUUGCUUCCGAGCUUGUUUCAGGAUCACCAAUUAUCAGUAACAAAAUCGAGGACAAGUCAGUUCCUGCAACCAAGUCAAAAAGUGAAACUAUGAACAAACAUUCUGAAAAACAAUCAAAUGAAAAAUUGCGUAGAGAAACCUUUGUUUUACCACAGCCUGCUGCUGCAGUUAUACAAGAGAUGGAAGUGCAGUCUUCAAAAGAUAAAAGCAAAGAUAGCCUGGAGCAAAAACCUUUUGAAACAAGCAAACCGACUCAGAAAUUAUCUCAAUCAGCAUUAUCAUCAUCAUUGUCUAGAAUUGACAAGAAAAUGCCUUCUUCAUCAAAGGAACAGAAAGCUCCAGAAAAAUCUAAACCAGUAGCUGUUAUUCAAGAGCAAACUUACAGUGCAGUCUCUAAUCCCUUUAAACCUAUCAAAUGCUUAUUAUUGAGCUCACCACCUGUGCCUUACCAGAAAACCAGCGAAGAACCUUCUAUCGAUAGCAGGGCCUUUAUCGCUUCAUUGAGACAAUCUUCUGAAACAGCUUUCCAGAGGUCACCAUUGCCGGAGCCUCGUUUCUCAUAUGAGCCAACCAUGAUCUUUAAUUCUGAUAUGGAAUUUACAGAAAUUUUUGAUUCAAGUAAACUACCAAGCUUUAAUAAAUCUGAUAAAGUAAGUCCAAAUAUUCCAGAGUCCACCCCAGAAUAUUCCAAUACAUUAGCAAAACCAGUGCAAGAUCUAACUAACAAGGAAGUCUCUAAUGCUAAAGACAUGGAGAGUCAUGAGUUUCUGAAGCCAUCUAGCAAACAUAUACCUAAAGCUGCAAAAGAAAAACCUUCAAAAAGCAAAACAUCUUCUAAGCCUAUUGAGGAAGUCACAGUUGUGGAUACAUUGGAUGGACCAUCAGUGGAGGUCCGAAGUAAGAAACCGGGUGUCUUCACAUUUAAUGUCGGUAGGAAAGAAGCGGAUGGCACAAGGAAAGCUGUGCCAGAAGAAACAACAAGCAGGGCUAGAUCAAAGAAGGCAAAAGCGGUAACGUCAGAAAAGACUGAAGAGAGAAGGACUGGUGAGGAUCGAGACAUGUUUAACUUUGGCGACCGUAGUCCAACAAUUCCCUUGGACAAACUUGUGAAACCAGUGACCAAGAGCGUGUAUGACCUCUCCAUUAAUGAAUCAGUGGUGCAGACGGGCAGUCUCCAUUCUUUAAGGGAUAAUAAGAAGACUCCAGCUCUUCCUGAGGCCAAGCCUGAUGAAUGUAUCUACUAUUUACCGAUGCCAAAAGGCAGUCCAGAAGAUAAACCAGCUGCCUCUAAGUCUCGUUCACGCUCCAAAUCUAACACACGGUCUAAGUCAAAAACACGACACAAAUUAGGAGAAAAUGACGAGGAUGAUGAUGACUGGGUGCCAGGAAAAUCAAGAGCUCGUGCACGUUCUGCAAGUAGAUCAAGGACAACUUUUGAUCUGAAUGAACCAGUGGCACCUAGAAGGGGGUAGAUCCAGAUCCAGAGUAAGAAAGUCUAGUGAAUCUUUAGCGGCAGAUAAAAACAAUGCAGAUGAAGAAAGAGAUGAGAUAGAAAAAGAUGACAGCAAGAAAGAAGUUGAGGGUGGGAGAGGUCGCUCCAGAUCUCGAGCAAGAAAACCAGAUCUUGUUGAAGGUUGUAAAAAUUCUAACCCAGAUGAAGUAAUCCGAAAUGAGAUGGAAAAAGAUGACAGCAAGAAAGAAGUUGAGGGUAGGAGAGGUCGCUCCAAAUCUCGAGCAAGAAAACCAGAUCUUGAUGAUGAUUGUAAAAAGUCUAACUCAGAAGAAGUAAUCUGCUCUAAGUCUAGACCUGGAAAAAAUGCUAAAGAGGAUGAGAUUGACAUUGAUGCUGAUGAAUUAGAAGUGACACAGCUGGAAAGAAAAAGCAGGUCAAAGUCUAUUCAGAAAAGGAAAACAUAUGUACUUGAUAAUGUUGAAGAAGACAAAAAAGAGAGGACCCUAAAUAAUAAGCUUGUUGCAGAAUCACCUGAUGUUAAGAAGAGUCAACAGACUAGAGUUAAGUCAAUCAUUGUUGUUAAUUCUGAUAAUGAAAGUUCUGGGUCAGACAACAGUGAUAAGAGAGCUAUAGCGGAAACAUUUUGUAUAGGUGACAGUGAUUCUGAUAAUGUGAAGGAAGCAACUUUAAGUAAAGCAACACAACCCUCUUGUAAGAAAUCUGUUACCGAAAAAGUCCUGAUGGUAGAAAGCGAAACUGAAAGUGAAGCAAAGAGCUCAGUCGCAAAUGAAAAAUCCAGGGAAAUUGAAGAGUUGAGUAUUAAAGUGCCAGAUAAUUUCAUCACCAAAGGCAUAUUUUGGGUACCUUUGUGCAAGAGUUUCUCUGUCCAUAAUAAAAGAAAGUUGUUGGAAAAGUCCAGAUUAAUGUAAUUACCUCAUUGCUAUUGAAUUUCUUUCCAUUCCUUCUCAAGAACAUCUCAGACAAUUAACAGUCAACAAAUGUUUUAACAAAACUUCUCCGUCAAUGCUAAUGCUUUGUUAGCGUUUAAUCUUGUUUUCAAUUUAAGUCUGUGGAUUUGUAAAUUUUGAAACAUGUAUCUUUUAACCUGUUCUAAUCCUCACAACAAUCAAUUAAUAAUGAUGACCAUGUGUACAACCACCAGAUGCUCACUCAGU